UUCGUAAAGUUGUGUGCUUGUUUCGGAUGCGAUUUUCUUCAACGAAGAAUAGAAUACUCUACUCAGGAUGACAAGAUAACGCCAAGCCACCUCGUAACCAUAUCCUCGGUCGGUGUGCCGUUAGCAACCUCCGAUUACCGUGUGAUUGCGCUCAAGAACGGUUGUAUGUGAACGGUUCGCCAAACCACACUACUACACACCGCGCGUGGCUUGUUUACUAGUGCCGGAACGAAGCCAAUCGAAGGGCAUCGCUGCACGGACGAUGAUCAGUAGUCGUCCUUGUGUGCUCCGGCCGGGAUCGUAGUGUUGGUGGCUGUAGUAGUGGUGGUAGUGUUGGUGGUGGUGGUGCCAAAUGUUGUUUACGAACCGCUACCACUACUUUACCCGAGUGGUUGUGUGUCUGUCUGAGAAAGUCUGGCACACAGCUCCGCUCGAUCGUCUUUGCUGUGCGGAAUAAGUGCAACGCACUGAAAGACGAUUCCGUCAGUAAGCGUAACCUCUCUUGCGGAGAGAUACGUGCGAAAAGAGUUGACCGGACCGUGCCCCGUGCAUAUGUGUGUGCUCUGUAUUGACAUAGCUCAUAUUGCGUGCAGGUGUGGAAGAUCGCGCUAUAAAACAUGGAUACCGUCAUACAAACCAUACAAAGUGUACGAAACAUUUGCUGCUUCCAAAGCAUCGGAUGCAGUUCUAUCUGUGUAUGAAUUCUGGUGCAUGUGUGUGUGUGUGUGUGUGUGUGUGUGUGUAUGUGUGUGAGAUUCCAAAAUAUCUUCUCCGGAGUGCAUAUGGUCAGAGAUGAUAUGGCGAGAUGAGAUGGUUGAAGCGACACGACCGUAAGGAGAUUUCCGUCCCGAUGUUGACUAGAUCGGAUCCAACGGCAACCAAACCGCACACCCGAAGCGCACGGAGUAGUGUUGAGUAGUAACCCGGUUUCGGUUAACAAUGUAUGGGCAGUUUUCUCUGGGCAGUUUCUUGCACCGCAGCUACGUAACUAUGCGGCCAUUUUAAACGUUUUAAAGGGUGUGCAAAAGUGUGAUUUUCUUGUGUGUAAAAAGGUGCGAUUGUACAAACGGCAAAUGUGUGCAUAUCGGUCGUUGGAUAAGUGAACCGUGCUUGUUACCUGGACAAUUUAGCUUAUCGAGCGUUGAUGCUGGUGUGGAAUCUUAUUGGGGAAUGGCAGUUAUGUGAGCUUCCUGGCUGGUGUGAAAGAUUAAAAAACGAUAGAUUAAUUAAGGUUACAACACCCCAUCCAGUUCGGGGGAAAUCGGUUGCAAACCCUUCUCACUGCUUCGUGAUAAGGGGUGGAAAAUGAUUGAUCAGCAACCCAAGCUAUCUUACUUUCCCAUCGAGUCGAAGUGCAGCGCGGGACAAUCGGAACCGGAUCCGGGUGGUUCGCUGACGAACGAAAACGCCAACAGUGCAAACAUUAACGCCAAUGUCAGCAACACGCUCGCUCUGGCCGGUCCGGGCAUGAACGGUAGCAAUAGUAGUUGCAGUGCAAAAACACCAAUUACGACAACCGGUGGACCUACCCAACCGUCGAUUCCGCGCACCACCCAGCAACUACAUCCAGGCUACUCAUCCACCGGAACGGCACCCACGUUAGCCGAGGGCCAGCGACUGUUGCUGGCCGCAGUGAUGACGGCGGGAAGUGGCGGCGAUGGUGGCGACAGUGGGAUGCACGGCGAAGGGACCGGAGGUGAGUCGGAGCACCUGGCCGGGUUGCUGGGGACGUCACUGUGUGGGCAGUGCUGUGGUCCGAUCUGCGAUCGCUACAUCAUGAAGGUGGUCGACAUCACGUACCACGAACGAUGUCUCCAGUGCACCUCCUGCUCGAUCCGGCUCAUGCAUUCCUGCUUUAUGCGCGACGGGAAGCUGUACUGUCGCUUCGACUAUGAGCGACUGUACGGCCGGAACAGAUGCCUCGGAUGUGGUGAGAAGAUUGGUGCCGACGAGCUGGUAAUGCGCGCCCUGGAUAAUGUGUUCCAUCUCAAGUGCUUCAUCUGCGUCGUCUGUGGCGUGCGGUUGCAGAAGGGCGACCAGUACGUCAUCAAGCAGAGUCAGCUGUUCUGCCGGCCCGACUACGAGAAGGAGGUGGAAAUGUUCCAGGGUUACAGUUAUGAUGAUUACUGCUGUGAUGACAUGUUCCAGACGCGCAUUGACGGUCGCCGGGGCCCGAAACGACCCCGUACCAUUCUAACGACCCAGCAGCGCCGUGCCUUUAAGGCGUCGUUCGACAUAUCGCCCAAACCUUGUCGGAAGAUUCGCGAAGGAUUGGCGAAGGAUACGGGGCUUAGUAUAAGGAUCGUACAGGUGUGGUUCCAAAACCAGCGCGCCAAGAUGAAGAAAAUCCAAAAGAAACAACUGAAGGAUGGUGGCAAAUCGUCCCAUCACGGUGGUGUCGGCGGAAACGCCACCAGCAACAAAAACCACAACGGCAACAAUGGUAAAGGAAACGAUUCGCAGGAAGAGCUGUCGGAUAACGAGAGUGCCGGUGUCGGUGGUAAAUUGUCGCUGCGCAUCAAAGACGAAAACUCCCGAUCAAACAAUUAUCUUCACGACAGCUGCAGUGACAACGAAGGCACCGUCACGGACAAUGACGGUGGCCCACUGUACGGUGGAACUGCUGCCCGGCUAGGCCUCGGAGGCUCCGAUCCGUACAAAAUCGUAAAGGAAGAGCUAGAUCUCGAGGACGACUACUUCCGCAUGGGGAUGGCAACACCGAACCAACAUCUUCACCAUCACCAUCAUCAUCAUCAUCACCAGCCCCAUCCACAGCAUCAUCCCCACACACCGGGCGGACGUGGGUUCGGUGGAAAAUCCUUUGCAAAUGAACAUCAAACCGGCAUCAAGACCGAAAACAUGACACUCGACACGACAUCGAUGCUACCCUCGAACGGUGCCACCCUCGACUAUGGUGUCUCGCUGCAACAGUUGGCUUCGUCCAUGAACGGUGGUCCACUGGCGAACGGUGGCAACGGAGGUCCAUCGGUGGCGCAUGACUCCAUCGGACCGAUGGUUAACCCCAUCGAUCGGCUUUACUCGAUGCAGAAUUCAUACUUUUGCAAUCAGGAUAAUCCAAUCGCGUCCUGUCCUACGACUCCGACCGGCCAUCCCGGUACACCGCCCGGUGGAAAUCAUCAUCGCCCUACACCGGGGUCCGGUCCACAGCAACCAAACCAAAUGCAUCUCCAACAUCCAGGACUGCAGCAAUCGUCGAUGUCGUCGCACCAUUUCGCUGCACCACCCAACAGUGGCCCAUCGUCAAACAUGGUUAGCUUAGGAGGCUCAAGUGUAGGUAUGGGACAACAUAUGGUUGGAAUGUGCAUUCCUAUGCUAGAACAACAACAGCAGCAACAGCAGCAGCAACAACAACAGCAACAGCAGGAAAGUGUGAUGUAGUAAGGAGAAAAUGGUAGUCAGAGUACAGUGAUGGUCGGUGAUUGAGUUGUGAAAUUUAAUUAAUUAUAAAAAUUAUUACAUCAUACUUUGCCAAUUGCAUUCGCCAACUAUAAAUUACAAUAACAGGUACUUAAGGUUAAAUCUGUUAAACUUGAUUUACACAGGUGUUCACAUAUUUAAAACAAUAUACUGUUUGAGAUACCAACAAUCUAUGCAUUCAUCGUCUUCUAGUUGUUAUCUCCAAUCAGACAUUGUUUAAAUCAUGUGAACGCCUGUGUUUUGACAUGCUUACCCCUGUAUUACAUGCUGUGCAAUAUAACUUCGAAUAUCGUUUCUAUUGGCUGUCGAAUGUUGAACUACUUGUUGGUAGAUGAAUACAAUUUUGUUAAGUUCAUGGUAAAAGACCGUCAUCCGUCAUUUUGAUUAUCGGGAAGUUACUUUAGCCACAAAAACAAGCACCGAUGGGAGUUUGGAUUUUUUUUGUUGCAGGACAUAAUAGAUAGCUUGUGUCAAUUAGGCCGUGGGGUUGGAUUGGUACACACUGUAUUAGAACUCGUCACACGUCAAACGAAAAGGUAGUGCGAGAUAGUGUCGAAGGUGGAAAAUAGUAAACAAAAACAAGGUUAAAAAUCAUCAAUCAAUUGCUCGAACACAGUACCGGCACAGUAGCAGCAGAUGACAGUUUGUAGCUUUUGUAUAUUGGGUCCUGGACAAUUAUGGCCUGCCAGUGAAUUGUGAAUGUGUUUAGGAAAAAGCGUAAAACACAACCUCAUCCGUAUAAAUAUGCUGUUCUGCGUUUGUAAAACUCUUAAGUGUAUGAUAAGAUACCAAUAAUAAGAACAUAACAUCAUUUAUU